GGGCUCGGGCCGCCCCGCGGGCCCCUCGGCGCGAGGAGUCGGGGGCCGCCGGCCGCCGGCCGCGGCGCCGGGACCAUGGCGCUGCGCGCCCGGGCGCUGUACGACUUCAGGUCGGAGAACCCGGGCGAGAUCUCGCUGCGGGAGCACGAGGUGCUGAGCCUGUGCAGCGAGCAGGACAUCGAGGGCUGGCUCGAGGGGGUCAACAGCCGCGGCGACCGCGGCCUCUUCCCGGCCUCGUACGUGCAGGUGAUCCGCGCCCCCGAGCCCGGCCCCGCGGGCGACGGCGGCCCCGGAGCCCCGGCUCGCUACGCCAACGUCCCGCCCGGCGGCUUCGAGCCCCUGCCCGCCGCGCCGCCCGCCUCCACCUUCCAGCCGCCGGCCGCGGGCUUCGCGUACGGCGGGGGCGCCCUGCAGCCGCCCGCCCAGCAGCCCUUCGGCGGCGGCUACCAGGCCAGCCAGGGCAGCGACGACGACUGGGACGACGAGUGGGACGACAGCUCCACCGUGGCGGACGAGCCGGGCGCGCUGGGCAGCGGCGCCUACCCGGACCUCGACGGCUCGGCGGCCGCCGGCGGCGCGGCCGGCCGCUACCGCCUGUCCACGCGCUCGGACCUGUCGCUGGGCGCGCGCGGCGGCGCGGCGGCCCCGCAGCACCCGCCGUCGGGCGCCAAGAGCUCGGCCACCGUGAGCCGCAACCUCAACCGCUUCUCCACCUUCGUCAAGUCGGGCGGCGAGGCCUUCGUGCUGGGCGAGGCGUCGGGCUUCGUGAAGGAUGGGGACAAGCUGUGCGUGGUGCUGGGGCCCUACGGCCCCGAGUGGCAGGAGAACCCGUACCCCUUCCAGUGCACCAUCGACGACCCGACCAAGCAGACCAAGUUCAAGGGCAUGAAGAGCUACAUCUCCUACAAGCUGGUGCCCACGCACACGCAGGUGCCGGUGCACCGGCGCUACAAGCACUUCGACUGGCUGUACGCGCGCCUGGCCGAGAAGUUCCCCGUCAUCUCGGUGCCCCACCUGCCCGAGAAGCAGGCCACCGGCCGCUUCGAGGAGGACUUCAUCUCCAAGCGCAGGAAGGGGCUCAUCUGGUGGAUGAACCACAUGGCCAGCCACCCGGUGCUGGCGCAGUGCGACGUCUUCCAGCACUUCCUGACCUGCCCCAGCAGCACGGACGAGAAGGCCUGGAAGCAGGGCAAGAGGAAGGCCGAGAAGGACGAGAUGGUGGGCGCCAACUUCUUCCUGACGCUGAGCACGCCCCCCGCCGCGGCCCUGGACCUGCAGGAAGUGGAGAGCAAGAUCGACGGCUUCAAGUGCUUCACCAAGAAGAUGGAUGACAGCGCGCUGCAGCUCAACCACACGGCCAACGAGUUCGCGCGCAAGCAGGUGACGGGCUUCAAGAAGGAGUACCAGAAGGUGGGCCAGUCCUUCCGCGGCCUCAGCCAGGCCUUCGAGCUGGACCAGCAGGCCUUCUCGGCCGGCCUGAACCAGGCCAUCGCCUUCACCGGAGAUGCCUACGACGCCAUCGGCGAGCUCUUUGCCGAGCAGCCCAGGCAGGACCUGGACCCCGUCAUGGACCUGUUAGCGCUCUAUCAGGGGCACCUGGCCAACUUCCCUGACAUCAUUCACGUUCAGAAAGGAGCUCUUACCAAAGUAAAGGAGAGUAGGCGACAUGUGGAAGAAGGGAAGAUGGAAGUCCAGAAGGCUGAUGGCAUUCAAGAUCGCUGUAACACUAUUUCUUUUGCCACAUUGGCUGAAAUUCACCACUUCCAUCAAAUUCGAGUAAGAGACUUUAAAUCACAGAUGCAGCAUUUCUUACAACAGCAAAUAAUAUUUUUCCAAAAAGUGACACAGAAGUUGGAAGAAGCUCUUCACAAAUAUGAUAGUGUUUAAUGACUGGACAUUGGGUUGUGAACUUCUUUCAGUUCAAGGAUAUUUCUACGGCAGAAUAAAAACUGCUAUCAAAGAGCUAUUGCCAACUAUCAGUGGUGGUACAAGGAUGGUUUUGUGUUCAACUGAAGCUCGCUGAAUAUAUAAUUAUGUAGGAAAGAAACAGUUAAUAUGGUUAUAUAAUAGAAACAGUACCACACAUUGUAACUAAAUUAUACUCUGUAUGCCUACACUACCAUUGUAACUUUUGGAAUAAUGAUUAUACUAUUUGCCUUAUUGCUUUUUGAAGUAUGGGUAUUUUAGUGCAUACUUUGUAGACCUCAAAACCCAUGAAGGGUCUCAAAGAAGCUGGCUGGAUAAAAGCCUGCUGUGGAUGCCUUUUUACUCUCAUAGAUUGGGAUUACCUAAAUUCAACCUAUUCUCUGUUUACAAACUCCAACUAGAGCAGCUAUGCGACUUUGUGCCUUUAAACUCUUGGUUUUUCAUUUCUCCACCCCCCUCCCUUUUUUUAAGUAAUCACAACUUUUCUGAUUGAAAGAGUGAAAGGCCAGUGCAUAUAAUGACAAACCUGUUGGUAACCUCAUAUUGGCGCUGGAGGCGGGGCGGGAGGAUCAGCCGUCAUCAGUCUGCAGGGCAAGUUUUGUUUCCUGAUACAUGCCGGUGAGCACCGUGGAGGGAGACCUGAUGCUCAUCUUUCAAUAUGAAGUCUAUUAGGGAAGAAAAUGGUGCCACUCUAUUCCCUUAGAUGCUGUAGUAGCAUAGCCUCUUCACUCAAGUGUCCUGGAGACUUGGUGUGGAGAUUGAAACGAACAUGUCUUAUAACACAGAGAAGGAGGAGUCUGAUCAGUUGGGGACACAAGCACAGAAUCAGUGAUGACACACACUUGGUUUUAAUUCUUAGGAGGGUUUUCUUUUCUUUCUUUCUUUUUUUUUAGCUUGAAGAUUUUAAUAUUCAGUGUGAUUUUUUUUUUUUUAAUGGAUCUACACUGUUAACUGAUUGAGACUCCACUGUGAUUCACUCGUUUACUUAAUCAAAAACUUUUCAGGGAUGUCUGUAAAAUUCAGUGUUAUACGUGAUUGAAAGUAGUGUUGGUUGAUCUAAGGAGGGACCAGAAAUAAUUUCUACUAUUCCAAAUGCAGAAGGAAAAAAAAUAACUUAAAAAAAAAUAUUGAUAAGCCCCCAGGACAUUUAACCUUAAAAAUUACUUUAAGUAUAUUCUUUUAUUAUUAUAAGGGAAAUAUGAAUGGCUGAUAAAUACCAAAAAGAUUCAAAAGCAGCUUAAUUUAAAAAGCACAAAGAGAUUCUGGCUUCAGAUGCCAAAAUCUCAAUGUUUUUAUAGUUGCUGAGCUAUAAAUAAUGUGAUUUUUGAGUUUACAGAUUUAAAAAUUGUCACUGAAAGGUUAAAGUAUCUACUGUUUUUAUGAAGUCAAACUUAUGCUGCCUCAGAAAUCCCUGGAUAUUGAAAUGGUAGAAUGCAAGUAAAGAGGUCAAUUUGAAAUAUUGGUGAGUCACAUUGAUUAAAAAAGAAAGGGUCAAUUUGCAGCAGUCAAAAAAGAAACGAUUAUUGAAGUAAUAACAGCAAAUUUACUCUAAAAUAUCAUCUCAUAUGGGUUGAAUUUUUAAGAUCAGAGUGUCAUAAUUUUGAUCAAAAUUUUAUACCUUAGGUAACUUAGAGCCAGAUUUAACAUCAUGUGGCUUCAUCUCUACUACAGAUACAUGGAAUUGUAACCAAAUAUAUUGCUCUCUAAAAGUAACUUUCUCUUGUUGAUUGAUUGCAAAAUAUAGUUCUAUAAACAAAACCCAUAUAUAUAUAUAUAUGUUAAUUUUAUUGCAGAAGUUUGGAGAUUAUAAUUAUAGCAUUUAAUUUAAGUUUGAGCCUAUAUCAGACAGAUAAGCACUAUGCUUUUCAAAUGAUUUGAAAAUCAGUUUUAUUUGCCUCUUUAUUUUGAUGGUGGUUUGAAUUUUUUUUUUUUUUUAAGUAAAAUCACUAAAGUUGUGCAGUGGUAGCAUGGAAAUUAUCUGAGGUGUCUUUAUGAUUGUGCUUUAGCCAGGGUGGACAUAGCUUAAAUUAUAAAAACUAAAGAUUAAAGUACAAGGUAUAAGUUCAUGCUGCCUACUUAGAAGAGAACUUUUGUUCUUCAUAACUAUAUAACAUUAUAAUGCCACUGAUUCAUAAGGGGUUUAAAUGAAUUCUGUGGGGGUAGGACACCAGAAUUAUUAGUGUUCAUUUUCAUCUAAGAUCUUUAUUUCUCUAACGUUCUUGGUCCUAUUGAAACAUUUCAGUAUACAAAAAUACUGCAAUGUUAAUACCCAAGAGAAAAGCCAUCAUAAUGUGUAUGCUGGUCAUUAUGAUCAGUGUGGUACAAUUUUUUAAAAUAAACUAUCAUGCCCUUCA